AUGGAUUCAAACAAUUCAAACAACCUCGACAAACUUUUUUGGGAGGUGAUUGAAGAAGAACUUAUGGACAACACAGAUGAAGAACUGUUAUUGUCAAUGCUCGAGAAGGAACGUCAAUCUGGAAGUUCAUCAAGGCGAAAAAGAAGAUCAGUGAUAGAUCGGAAUCGUGAAGAAGGAAAUAUACGAUUAUUCAACGACUACUUCUCAGAAAAUCCAGUAUACACGGAUGCCCAAUUCCGUAGAAGGUUCAGAAUGCAUAGGCAUUUGUUUCUUCGAAUUGUAGAAACCCUUGGAAAUCAUGAUGAAUAUUUUCAAAUGAGGGUCGAUGCAACUGGUAAAAUGGGUCUUUCACCAUUGCAGAAGUGUAUUUCUUCUAUUCGUAUGUUGGCAUAUGGAUCUUCCACUGAUAUUGUAGACGAAUAUGUUCGAAUUGGUUCAAACAAUGACAUUAAUGUGCUAAACCAAUUCAAUGUGUUUAACGAUAUUUUGGAAGGACGUGUUGCUACUGUGCAAUAUACAAUCAAUGGGACUCCAUAUAAUAUGCGGUAUUAUUUAUCGGAUGAUAUAUAUCCUGAGUGGGCUACAAUUGUCAAGACCAUUUCAAUGCUGCAAGGAGAAAAGAGAAAACUAUUUGCACAACACCAAGAAUCAGCUAGAAAGGAUGUGGAAUGGGCAUUUGGAGUGCUUCAAUCUCGAUUUGCAAUAAUAUGUGGUCCAGCGCGUGCCUGA